AGCCGUGACGCUGCUCGUGUCCGCCAAUAGCGCGCGGCGCUGCGUUUAAAGCGCCCGGUCGACUCACGCGCACUCAGUCAGCAGCGCGAGACGCGUACAGAGUGUCGUGGAGCUUUGUGGUGUUGAGUCACGUGCAUCUUCAGCGUCGGUGUUUAGUGCCACAGGGAUAUUGUUCCAAGCCCGCACACGUGGAACGUGACAUAUAAAACAGCGCUGACAGAGAUGGAGAAUUCGUCCCUCACUGGUCGGUUCAGGACUCCAGUGUUCGGCCACGGGACAGAUGAAGAGCUGGCAGACUGCACGGUAUCUCCUGUAGCAAUGGAGGACAGUGAGCAAUGGAAACCGGUUGACGACGGUCACGGUGCUGUGCGGUCUGAUGACCAGGACUUCACACCGGUAUCUUCUAUACCAAAGAAGUUUGAGGAAGACCAGAACUCAAGCCACACCAAGGAAGAUUCAGAGGACUCUGAACUGGAGAAUAUCAUGGGGCACCACUCUGUCAGAGUGGGGCACCUAUUUGCCCCUUGUGAGGCUGAAGGUCAUGACCGUCCCCACACAGAGGGAACGGCAGCAUUUUUAAGUCUUCCUACUCCAUGCAGAGCCCAGGGGGAAGUUGAGUUUGACCCUGGAUGUGUGGAUCUGCCACCUCUCUUCAGCCCAUCACCCAUCAGCCCCACCAGGCCCAAGAGUCCGUGGGGUCGCUUUGACCCUUAUGACGCAGCUGAGGACCAGGAUAAAGAGUAUGUGGGCUUUGCUACCUUGCCAAAUCAAGUUCAUCGCAAAUCUGUAAAAAAGGGUUUUGACUUCACUCUAAUGGUCGCAGGGGAGUCUGGAUUGGGAAAGUCCACCCUGGUGAACAGUCUCUUCCUUACAGAUCUCUACAAAGACAGAAAACUUCUCAAUGCUGAAGAGCGAAUCACCCAGACGGUGGAGAUCACCAAGCACACGGUGGACAUCGAGGAGAAAGGCGUCAAACUCAAGCUCACCAUCGUGGACACACCAGGCUUCGGGGACGCGGUGAACAACACCGAGUGCUGGAAGUCAGUAGCUGAUUACAUCGACCAGCAGUUUGAGCAGUACUUCAGAGACGAGAGUGGACUGAACCGCAAAAACAUUCAGGACAACCGAGUACACUGCUGUAUUUACUUUAUAUCACCAUUUGGUCAUGGUCUCAGGCCUUUGGACGUCGAGUUCAUGAAAGCUCUACAUGAAAAGGUCAACAUCGUGCCGGUCUUGGCCAAGGCAGACACUCUCACCCCCAGUGAGGUCAGGAAAAAGAAAAUAAAGAUUCGAGAGGAGAUCGAACAGUUCGGCAUCAAAAUCUACCAGUUUCCUGACUGUGAUUCAGAUGAGGAUGAAGAGUUCAAACAACAAGAUCAGGAAUUGAAGGAUAGCAUUCCAUUUGCUGUGAUCGGCAGUAACACGGUCGUUGAGGCGAAAGGAAAGAGAGUACGGGGUCGACUUUACCCUUGGGGGAUUGUAGAGGUGGAGAACACGGCACACUGUGAUUUUAUAAAGCUAAGGAACAUGCUGGUGCGCACACACAUGCAGGACCUGAAGGAUGUGACGCGGGAAACUCACUACGAGAACUACAGAGCUCAGUGCAUCCAAAGCAUGACGCGCAUGGUGGUGAAAGAGCGCAACCGCAAUAAACUCACUAGAGAGAGUGGCACGGACUUCCCCAUUCCCACAGCUACCAGCGUAUCAGACACCGAGACAGAAAAGCUGAUCCGAGAGAAAGAUGAAGAGCUGCGGCGGAUGCAGGAAAUGCUACAGAAGAUCCAGGAGCAGAUGCACACCCAGAAUGAAGCGUAUUAACCCCCGCAUGUGCCGUCCACCUUCGCCACGGUGCCACUUUACUGCCUGACCUUCAUGCCUAGGACCUUGCCGUGUGAUCAGACCCCCCAUUUCUGCUCAGUGAUGCUCCAGAUCAUAGUGCACAAAGCAUGCUCUGUGUCCAGGUCCACUUUGUCUCCAUAAGUGUGAGUCUAGUGGCUUUGGAGUUCCACUAGUUGUCAUUAAGUGCUGUGCUAAAAAAAACAUCAGCAUCAACGCUGAAAUAGACCCAAAGGAUUUAAGAGAAAAAACAAACACUUGUAGUUUGUGAAAUUGCUCGUAGGAUCAAAAGAACGUAUUUUUCGCUUCAGACGUAUAAAAAAAAAAAAUCGUGCAUCCUUUGUAGCGUCGUGUUGCUGUUACAGACACAACAUUAACUGGACUGAAGAUCCGAAUCAAACCAGAUGGAAAAAAAAAGUUAAUCUGAUCGUCUGGGGAUUUCGUUUAGUUUAUAAAACAUUCGAUUCUUAUUUCUUAGAGCCAAAACACAAUCAAAUUCCUUUCACUCCUUUUUUUUUUUUAUUAUUUUUUUAUUUCACUUUCACUAAUAAAUGUCCCGAAUGAUAACUUUCCGUCUUGCCACCGUGAAGCCAUCGAGGUGACAUGGUGUCAUCCUGUAAUGUGUGUGUUAUCUGGGAAACUGCAUGUCUGUAUUACACCGUUAAUUGGUUAUUAGUUUACAAAGGACAUUUUUUUUUGGUCCCUUAAGGUCCAAUUAUUUAUGUUUAAAUUAUUAGUAUAUAAUUAUUGGGUAUAGUAUGUAGUGUAUAUUGUGUGAGUUUACUCUGAGUAUUUCCAGGUGAAUGAUUCGUACCACAGGUUCAGAAGAUGUACCUUUGAUGGCACCACCCCAGCAAUUAGGAUUGUAAAGUUUAUUAUAAAGUUUGGUGCCUUUUAUUUACAAAAGAUAGACAAGAAAUACAUUUGACUAAAAUUGUAUUCUAAAUAAGCAACAAAAAAAAGUUGCAUAUCAUUUUGUAAAACGCCGAUUUUUUCCCCCAGUUACUGUUUUCUCUGUAACAGCAAAUAAGUUUUGUUUUAAGAAUAAAUCGGACAUGUGGGACGUGAGCGAAAGCUACAAGCGGCACCUUUAAAGUACUUCGCUUAUGGAUCAGUUCUUUAUCAUAGGAUUAAAACAACAAUUUAUUUAAAUGUUUUUUUCUACAUGGGGGUAUUUUUUUAUUUGUACUGUUUUUGUUAAACGAAUCGUAUCGGUCGUACUGUACGUACACGUUCCUGCUCCGAACGAAACGAAAAGUCAACACUGUUUUAUUUUCUUAUGAUGAUAGUAAUAAUAACUGAAGUACUGUAGAUCGAUAUUUUUCUUAACAAGGCUGAGAUGUUAUUGAGUUCUUUCUACUUUUUUUUUUUUUUUUUUUGGAAAACAUGUUCUAAAAGAAACUUUGCCUCGUUCCAUAAGUGCAGACAUUUAAUUAACAAGAAUAAAGAGAAGAAAAAAAAACACUUCAGAAGAAUCUCUCGAUUAUAUAACACUGGCUUUAUCCUAGUGAUGUAAUAACAGAUGUAAUGAAGGUUUAUCGUCGUCACUCCGUAUUUAUACAACAUGAACAACACGAUGAUUUUCCAACUUGUGUCAUAUAAAAUCCUAAUGUGGACAAACUAAAGAUAGAAAUAUUGGCUGUUUUUUUCCCUUUAAUUUUUAAAUCAGCCUAAAAAAAAUUCUCAUUGGGAAGAAAUAAUGAGAUAAAUAAAUCUGCUACUUAAAGCACUGAUGAUAUAUCAUGGAGUCUGCAGAUUACUAACUCGGUGGAGUCUUGAAACGGAUAAAUUUCUAUACAUUUUAGAUACUGUGAGGAUCAACAAAUAAAUAAAAUAAAUAUUAACAAUUUAAAGGUUUAAAAACCCGCCGUAUUUUUUUUUACAAAUAUUUUUCCAUGCAUUAUUUAUCCGGUAUUUUUCCAUCAUUACCUUCGGAUAUUUUAAGGGAAGUCUGAAAUGAUUCAUGGGUCAAAUUUAUUAUAAUUUUUAUAAUUCGUUAUUUUGAUUUUUGGCCCCGUGUUUUUUAUUUUUAUUUUAUUUUUAUGUCUUAAUAGUUUUAGGUCUCUGCGGCUGCUCUGGUGUUAUAAAGGGAAUAAUAAUAUCUGGUUUUGGAUUCAGGUGUUUUGUUGUUGUUGUUGUUUUUUUUAAUGAACAUCUUUACAUGGGUUUCAUAAAUGCAUUAAAGAUAUCGUGUUAAAAUUAAAGGUUUAUUUGUGAAGAUAAAAAUGAUAAGAUCACAUUCUUUAAAGUAAUAAUAAUAAUAAUAAUAAAAAAAUAAAAAUCUCAAUUUUUAUUGAAAUGGAUUUUUUUAUUUAAUACAACCAAAUUGAAAUAUUUAGUACACCGAUAGAAGACGUGUUUAUUUUGGACUUUAUCUAUCCGUUAUUUUGUUAACUCGGGGUUUUUCUUUACUUCACACUAAUCAGAUUUUAUGACUUGUCGUUUCUCGUUUUACAGCCGUCGCAUUGUGAACAAACAGAAUGUCCUAGACGUGAGCAGCUCGAUUUCAGCUCAACAUCACACACUGUGUCUUACUAAAGAGUUUAAUAUUUCACUUUUAUUCUAUUCUUUUAUUUUUUCUUUCUUCAGAAAACAAGUCGGACAGUUUGUGUGCCGUUAAAUAAUAGACUUGAAAUGUCUCAAAACUUGGCAGUGCAUCCGUACGUAUACACUUACUGUCGGUUCCUCCGGGAUUUCAUGGAGGGUUGUUUUUUGUGUGUGUGUGAUUUUUGUUGCAGGUUUUUUCCAAAAAAAAAAAAAAAAAAAAAAAAAAAAUUGAAUGCAACUUUCUGGAGUUUUUUCUGCUUUCCUUUGCUGAAUCUACUUGAAUUUGGCAAAAUUGCAAGCAUGUGAUUCUCCUUUUAAACCCCUACAGUACCUACUUUCCGUGAUGACUGUAAUUAAUUGUAAGGCCACACACAAAAAAAAGCAAACAAACCCAAACUCAAGCUCCUCUGAACACUUAUGCUGGUGUGAUAAACAUUAAUCUUAAUUCAAACAAAAAAGACUGUAAACAUUUAAAAUUCAAGCAUUUCUGAAGGCUUUGCUUUUGAGCUCGAUGCCAGAUUGUGGCUCUGAAGCCUAUCAAGGAAUUGUGUUGUAAAUUGAGCCUGAAAUACAUCCUGGAUGUUAAAACCAGUCUAUUGUUGCACCCUCAUUCACACCUGGGGCAAUUUAGAGGUGGCAGUUUGUCUACUGCCAUGUUGUUGGGAAGUGGGUGUGAACCCACGAGGACACGGCGAACAUGCAAAGCUCAGGAAAAUAAGUACACUGCAGUGUUGAGAACUCAUUCUCUUCCCCUUUUUUUUCUACUGGAUCAUACAACAGUGUUAAAGGCUUGAAUUUAAACAAAGUUCUCCAAAGCAAAGAUCAGAAAUGUCAGUCGGUGUAGGCGUUUAUUUGUGCUUUGUGCCUUUAGCACAGUUAGACAUCAUGAACUGCCAAACUAAAUAUUAGUACAAAAUCCGACCGGAGUUCAUGAUUAAUCUCUGUAGAAGAAUGAAGUUCUACUUGCACUGAUUGGCACAUUAAAAUGUUUUUAUUGCAUGGAAAUGAAUAAAAUGCAGCAAAAUGUG